ACAAAUACGGCAGGUAGACUCAAAACUUAACGUUGGAAGCUUUUAGUAUUGUCACAUUGCCUCACUCAAACAAACACUCUUCCCUUUUCUCAUAAAGCUACUUCCCUUUUUCUUCUGCUACUCUCUUUCUCUCUCUCUCUCUCUCAGUUAUGCAUGUAACUGUGUGCUACUAAGUAGAACUAGAACACAGAAUUUAGAAGAGGAGAUGCUAUCAAGAGUGAAUAGCAUGGUCUGGAUGGACGGCACCAAAGGAGACACCGACGAGCACACAUCUUCCUGGCCCCAAAACGACGACGCCGACAACAACAACAAGGACCAAAUGGAAAUCGGCGCCCUCUCCACCUUCAAAUCCAUGCUCGAAGCCGAAAACGAGGACUGGUACAUCACCAGCACCGGCGCCACCUCCGCUGCUGCGCCCAUGCACGACAUCUCAUUCUCCCCGACCUUCACCGAAGCCGCCGUCAACAACCAGCUGCUGCUCCAGCCGAUCGAUUCCUCCGCCUCAUGCUCCCCGACAUCCGCCUUCAACAACAACCUCGACGCCGCAUCGCAGGUGAACUACUUCCUGCAGCCCAAGCCCUUGAUCAACCAUCCAAUCCAAAACAACGCUUUAGAUGCGAGCUUUGAUUUGGGAUGCGAUGGUGGAUAUCUCGAGAGUGCCCUAAAUAGGGGCGGAGGGAUUCUCAAUUGCGGAUUUCCGAUGGGGAACAUAGGGUUUGGGCUCGGCGAGGGAUCGGCGAGCUCGUUGUUCAACAGAUCGAAGAUUCUGAAGCCGCUGGAUCACAAUUUCGGAUCAAUGGGAUCUCAGCCGACGCUGUUCCAGAAGAGGGCGGCUUUGAGGAAGAAUCUCGGGAGUAAUUUGGGGUGCUUGAGCUUGGAUAGGAGCCAGAUUUAUGAAUCGGAGAUGAAGAGGAAAGGCAGCAGUGGGGAUGACGUGGAGGAUUUGAGCAUCGAUGGCUCCAGUUUCAACUAUGAUUCCGAUGAUCAAUUCUUGGACAGCAGUGGCGCUGUGAGCAAGGGGGAGUCCGAGAGUGUUAGGAAUGGCGACGGCAAGGGGAAGAAGAAGGGGCUGCCGGCGAAGAAUUUGAUGGCGGAGCGCCGCCGCAGGAAGAAGCUCAAUGACAGGCUCUACAUGUUGAGGUCAGUGGUGCCAAAGAUUAGUAAGAUGGACAGGGCUUCAAUACUAGGGGAUGCGAUAGAUUACUUGAAGGAGCUCCUGCAGAAGAUCAACGACCUCCACAACGAACUGGAGGCCAUCCCGGGGGCGGGGGCGUCCACCCCCACCCAAAACACGAGCUUCUACCCGCUGACGCCUACAACUCCUGGAAUCCCUGCCCGGAUCAAGGAAGAGCUCUGCCCGAGCGCCUUUGCAAGCCCGUUGUCCAGCCCCACCGGACAACCGGCUAGGGUUGAGGUGAGACUAAGGGAAGGCAGAGCAGUUAACAUCCACAUGUUCUGUGGCCGGAAACCUGGGAUUCUGCUCUCCACUUUGAGGGCACUCGACAAUCUUGGGCUUGACAUACAGCAAGCUGUCAUCAGCUGCUUCAAUGGCUUCGCACUCGAUAUUUUCCGAGCUGAGCAAUGGGGAGAAGGGCAAGAGCUGAACCCUGACCAAAUCAAGGCAGUGCUCCUCGACUCAGCUGGCUUCCAUGGCAUGCACUGAUCUCAACAACUCUCUGCCGAUUUCGAUCAUUAUUUUUCUAUGUUUUGCUCAUUUUGUUUACAAAGAAAUGCUUCUUCUUCGUUUUCAAUCUUUGAAUAUGCCGGAUGUUGCUCAUGCUUUUUCAUUUCCGCAUUUAACAGCAUGCACUUGUUGCCAGUUUGUAGAAAUAAGCCUGCUAGCUAGCUACCAGUUAUUUAAUUAUCAUCUUCAUGCUGUUUCGC